CCGUGUGCCACCAUUCCCAUAAGCGUCUGAUUGCGUGCUUCCAGGGCCAGCAUGGCACCGAAUCUGAGAGGAGACAUAAAAAACUCCCUCUGACAGCACUUGCUCAGAAUAUGCAAGAAGCAUCAACUCAGCUGGAAGAAUCUCUCCUGGGGAAGAUGCUGGAGACGUGCGGAGACGCUGAGAAUCAGCUGGCUCUGGAGCUCUCUCAGCACGAAGUGCUUGUGGAAAAGGAGAUCGUGGACCCUCUCUACAGCAUAGCGGAGGUGGAGAUCCCCAACAUCCAGAAGCAGAGGAAGCAGCUUGCUAGAUUGGUGUUGGACUGGGAUUCGGUGAGAACCAGGUGGAACCAAGCUCACAAAUCUUCAGGCACCAACUUUCAGGGGCUUCCAUCAAAAAUAGAUACCCUAAAGGAAGAGAUGGAUGAAGCUGGAAAUAAAGUAGAGCAGUGUAAGGAUCAACUCGCGGCCGACAUGUACAACUUCAUGGCCAAAGAGGGGGAGUACGGCAAAUUUUUUGUUACGUUAUUAGAAGCCCAAGCAGAUUACCAUAGAAAAGCAUUAGCAGUCUUAGAAAAGGCCCUUCCUGAAAUGCGAGCCCAUCAAGACAAGUGGGCGGAGAAGCCUGCCUUCGGGACACCUUUGGAGGAGCACCUGAAGCGGAGUGGGCGUGAGAUCGCACUUCCCAUCGAGGCCUGUGUCAUGCUGCUUCUGGAGACCGGCAUGAAGGAGGAGGGCCUUUUCCGAAUUGGGGCUGGCGCCUCCAAGUUAAAGAAGCUGAAAGCUGCAUUGGACUGCUCCACUUCUCACCUAGAUGAGUUCUAUUCUGACCCCCAUGCUGUGGCAGGUGCUUUGAAGUCCUACUUACGGGAAUUGCCUGAACCUUUGAUGACUUUUAAUCUGUAUGAAGAAUGGACACACGUUGCAAGUGUGCAGGAUCAAGACAAAAAACUUCAAGAUUUAUGGAGAACAUGUCAGAAGUUGCCACCCCACAAUUUUGUUAACUUCAGGUAUUUGAUCAAGUUCCUUGCAAAGCUUGCUCAGACCAGUGAUGUUAAUAAAAUGACUCCCAGCAACAUUGCAAUCGUGCUAGGCCCGAACUUGUUAUGGGCCAAAAAUGAAGGAACACUCGCCGAGAUUGCCGCAGCCACAUCGGUGCAUGUGGUUGCAGUGAUCGAACCCAUCAUUCAGCACGCCGACUGGUUCUUCCCUGAAGAGGUGGAAUUUAAUGUAUCAGAAGCAUUUGUGCCUCUUGCCACCCCGAAUUCUAAUCACUCAUCGUCCCACACUGGAAGUGACUGUGACUCGGGCGCCCCGGAGAGGAAGCGGCCUGCCAGCAUGGCGGUGAUGGAAGGAGACCUGGUGAAGAAGGAGAGCUUUGGUGUGAAGCUUAUGGACUUCCAGGCCCACCGGCGGAGUGGCACUCUAAAUAGAAAGCACGUAGCUCCUGCUUUCCAGCCACCACUCCCGCCCACAGAUGGCAGCACCUUGGUUCCCGCAGGCCCGGAGCCCCCUGCCCAGAGCGCUCGGGCUGAAAGCAGCUCAGGGGGUGGGACUGUCCCCUCCUCUGCAGGCAUACCAGAGCAAGGGCCAGGCCCAGGUGACAGCAGUCCUCCAAAACCCAAGGACUCCAUGCCCGCAGCUGUCCCUGCAUCAGGGAGAAGCAGCAGUCAGACAACUCCCAGCCAGAGCCAGGGCCAGGCCCAGUCGGGUGCCGGCUCCCACCAGCUCUCGGUUGGCUCAGCCCACAGUGCCGCCGGCCCAAGCCCUCACACUCUUCGCAGGGCUGUUAAAAAACCUGCUCCAGCACCCCCAAAACCAGGAAACGCCCCUCCUGGCCAUCCCGGGGGCCAGAGUUCUCCAGGGUCAUCUCAGCCUGCACCGAAUGUGUCACCAAAGCCAGCCGCUCGAAGCCCUUCUCCUCCCCCCCAGCACUCAGGCCAGGUACUGGCCACUGCCCAGCCCUCGGCACCCCGGAGGUACUCCAGCAGCCUCUCUCCAAUCCAAGCACCGAGUCAUCCUCCACCACAGCCCCCAACCCAGGCCACACCACAGACUCCAACACCCCCCAGCACCCCACCUCUAGGAAAACAGAACCUCAGUCUGCUGGGACCUCAGCCUCAGGCAGUGAGCAGCCCUGAGACUGCACAGCCACAUACUGGAACCUUACCAAGGCCCAGACCCGUACCAAAACCACGGAACCGACCCAGCAUGCCUCCACCCCCUCAUCCUCCUGGCGCCUACCCAGCUGGGGACAGCAGCCUCACUGGUGUCACUCCGACAGCCUCCAAAAUCGUGACAGACACCAGUUCUAGGGUUUCAGACCCACUUCGCAGCGUCUUUCCCGAAACGCACUCGGACUCAGCAAGCAAAGACGUGCCUGGCCACAUUCUGCUGGACAUAGACAAUGACACGGAAAGCACCGCCUUGUGAAGAAAGCCACCUCCUGGCCGCGACCCCUCCCCUCGCCCCUGGGGUCAGGGCAGGGACCCUCUGUCUUUGCAGACCAACAGUGAGAAGCUUUGGGUGGAGGAGAAGCUCGCCACGCAGAUCUUGGCCCUCCACACGGCCCAGGGAGUACGUGGUGGCCGCCACCUAACGCUGAAUGACCUGUGUCUUGAAGAGCUUGGCUUUCUUUACUUAGGAAAGAAAUCAUGCCAAAAAGAAUCAAAACCAGAAAUACCUAAGGUGAGAAGAGUAUUACUGCUGGGAAGUGUUCACACAGGCAGCACCAACAGCAGCUUGGAACGAACGGGAGGCAGCAUGUUUACUCCAUAAUAAAACACAUCAGUUACAAGCCAGCUUCUUCCUGCUACUCACGCUUCCAGCCUCGUGCCUGAGGAAGGCGGCUUCCCUCCCCCAGACUUGCUGCAGACCCCGUGUAUUGAGUCUGGUCUUUGUCUCCCUCCGCCCUCUCAGUCCACGUGCAUUGAUGGUGACUGCUGGAUCUGUCGCCUCCUUGUCAACUGGAUAUGACUGUGCCUUGGAUUGCAAAAUGUAGAUGGAAAUGUACUGUUCUUUUUUUUUUUUUUUAAACAAUGUAAUUGCUACUUGAUAAGGACCGAACAUUAUUCUAGUUUUAUGUUUAA